AUGCCAGACAAAGGCAAGUCACUCUUGAUUUAUCCAACGUCCUUUGUCCUAACCUGUUUCUACGGAUAUGUUCCCGACAGAGGGAUCUCAAUACUCUUCUUAAUCCUCUUUUCCGUAUCGACCCUGAUACACACCGGCCAAGCAGUUUUUUCUCACGCAUGGUGGCUACUGGCUACCGCUGUCCUAUGCGGCUUCCUCGAGAUCCUGGGCUGGAGUGCGCGGCUGUGGUCAAGUUCUAAUCCUGACCUCCCAGAUCCUUACGAGAUGCAAUUGACCUGUACUAUCUUGGCGCCGACGCCGCUCUUGGCCGUCAACUUUGUGAUCCCCGAGAAGUUGAUCAAGCGUCUCGGAACCGGUUACAGUCGCUUGAGUCCAAGAGCCUAUAUUAUGCUCUUUUGUUCUUGCGAUGUGAUAUCCCUUGUGAUACAAGCGAUUGGUGGUGGAUUGGCAGCAACGGCUGUGUCGGAGAACACGAAUCCCGAAAAGGGAGGACACAUCAUGCUAGGUGGUAUUGCCUUCCAAUUGGCUUAUUCGCGGACGCGACAUACCAGAGGACACUUGAACGUGAAAUUGAUACUCCUUAUCGCAGCUCUCGCCUUUAGCACGAUUUGUCUAUUUAUUCGAGCUGUGUAUCGAACGAUUGAGCUGUCAGAUGGGUGGACAGGAAGAAUCAUUACCACCCAAGUUUAUUUCAAUGUGCUCGAUGGAAUGAUGGUUGUACUGGCGCUUUAUACAUUCAACGUAUUCCACCCGCUGCUGCUCCUUGAGGACAAGACAAAAACAAUGGAGCAGAAGCAAGAAAAAGAUGCCGACGGGGAAAGCGUAGAAUAA